GUUCUUUCCAUAGCUGUUAUAAAUGUGCACUCAGUAGAAUGCGAUACAGUUAUGAUUGCUCUUAGUUCCAAUUCGUCAACGGAGAAUAAUAUUACACUUAACGUUCAAAAGUUCGACUUCUCAGAGAACUCCCACUAUUUCAAUCACGGUAAGUGAUAGUAUUGUCACAGAAUAAAUUCAUAGGAAGAUAUCAGAUCAGUAUAUUGGGCAAAAAAAACACAAAAUGGUAGAAGUUGUAUUUAAUGCUUUACACUGCAUGACUUAAAAUAGAAAUCACAUCCAGUGAAUUGGACAAACUAUCAAUAUUCUCCUCCGUGCAGUUUACUAGAGCGCUGAACUGGCCCAGAGUUCAAUUCCCGCCCUGACCGCUGACCGGAUUUGUUCUCAGUAGUCCCCAGAUCAAAUCCUCGAACACUGUUGUAAAUAGUCAAAUGGUUUGCCUCCGGCCAGAUGAGAUUCCUUAACCCCAUUAUGUUUGAUUUAAAUUAUCUGUUUCUGGCUUCUGCUCUACCCCACUAGCAUUAGUGCUAGAAAUACUGUUGUUUUAAUCUCUUCUAAACCCGUCUUGUUUAGUCGCUAUAUUUCAAUGAUAUAAAAAAAGGAUUUCUUAUGUAAACGGGUUUGUUUCUAUUAACAUGGCCUACAAAGAAGGACUGAUUGGCGCUCUUGAAAACUUAAUAACAAAAUAAAGAAAUUGUAAUAGUUGGGAAAACCCAGCGAUUUUACUAUUCAGAGUUUUAGCCAAUCGCAGUCGAUCUCCUUCGGCAGAAUAUUCAGAUUUUAAAAUAUAGGCGUUGCUUUUUAAUUUUUGUUCGGUCACAUCACUUUAUUUUCAGCGUCAGCAUUUAUUGCACAAAACGUCGCCGUUCUUAUAGAGGGAAGCAACACAAAGAUUCCCGCAUGUGAACUCUCUAAAAUUACUGGCAUUCCUCUUAUCCGACUCCAUGAAGACAACAGACCAUUCGAACAAUGUGGGAAAGCAGUGACCAUGGCAGCAGACUAUAAAUACUACGCCUAUGCCUCACUUGAUAUACUAAGCAAAUUCCAGUGGCAGAAGAUUGCACUAGUAUUCGAUGGUAAAAGUUAAUCUACUAAUAUUAUACACUUAAUGUAAGGUUCCGAAGGAAACAGUUAGUUUUGUUUUCCCGAGAGUCCUGAUGUUUCCCGAGAUGAAGUCGAGGGACUCGAGGUAACAAAUGAAUAACCGGUGGAGCGAACCAAAACAGUCGACUCCGUACUUAUAACAACACAAAUCUAAUUCUCAGAAUCACUGAAUGAAUGAUUUACAAACAACUUUCCUCAUAUUAUCUGCAUCUUUUUCCUCCACUAGCUGCUGUUUCUCUUCUGAGAUAACUUUAAAAAUCGUUGCUUUUUACCUUGAGGUAGCCUGCGAAAACAUCCGUUUCUCCUAGCUCUUCGCCGAUGGGAACGUUUCGCUCGGAGGAAAGUCUGCGACUCAGCGACAGAAAUUCCAUACUGAUGACGUAAAAUCUGUCCGGAAUCCGGUCAGAAGCGCUGAUUGGUCGACGAAGUAGUUACAUUGUUUUAGCUAUUGUUUACGAAUGACAGACAAAAGACAAAAGGCCACAAAGGUCAAAUGUAAACGCGAAGAAUCUCGAACAAAACAGUCAAUGUUUGUGGAAAAAUAGUCUUCUCUAAAAGAAGCACGUGAGUUUUGCUGGAGCUCGUUGGCAGAUGAACACAACAAUGUGCCAAAAUUGACCAGAAGACACGUAAAAUUGGACAAAUUUGUAUUUGGAACCCCAUGACUACUGGAUUUAUUAUGUAAACAUUGGAUUGCGUCAUCAGUAUGGAAUUUCUGUCGCUGAGUCGCAGACGUUCCUCCUCGCGAAACGUCCCCGGCGGCGAAGAGCGAGGAGAAACGGAUGUUUUCGCAGGCUAACCUUGAGGCUUCGUGUUUGUGUUGUUGUGUUCAAUCACGAAAAAGAAAACUGGCGGUGUUUUUCCCGCCUUCUGUGACGCCACUUUUCACCAUGCUUUGAUCACGUGCUGUAAUGUAUCCCGAGGGUACAUUGCUUAAUGUAUCACGAUCGGGAUCCAUUUGAUUUUAGUCAAGGCCGCGUGACCAAUAAUCAACCAAUGGCAGUCCCUUUUUAGUUGAUUGAAAGUCUAGGAAUAUAACAGCUACGGUUCAGAAAACGGGCAACAAAAACGUGGAACCUGUUAACAUUGCUACAAAACGAGUUGUAUAAAUAGCCAACAGGAAUUUAACAAAAUCAGGUUGCCAUGGAUUUUUUUAACACUGGGUUUAUGUUUUGAUGCCAUAAUUUUCUUUAUUAAAUAUGCUCUAAGAUGAAAGUUCUCAGAAAAUAAAAAUGUUCUAUUUCCUUGAAAACUUUGGUGUCACUUUUUACCACUACUGCCCCUGUACAAUGCCCAUUUUCCUCUGUACGCAAUUAUGCAAAGGGUGUUGCAAAGACGCUCGACCGUAUGCACGAAACAUUUUCAUUACCACUGAAAAUUUUUCACAACAAUCACGAAAUAAGAUGAAUAAUCUAAAAUGACUUGAAACUAAAACCCAUCUGUUAACAGAUCACAACGUAACCAAUCGACACCACAAGGUGAUUUACCUUAUAUCUUUUAGAGAACCGUUUUCAAGAAGCGAGUUAUUUUUACGUCCUGUCCGGAAAAUCAGCACUGUCUGUAAACUUAAUCCAGCUCGCUGGGGGAGACCGAAACGCAUCUAUUUUGGCAGCGAUGGAAGAAGUUAGAAGACUGGAACCUGAAGUUAUACUGCUUUUUACUACAAGGGAAAACACUGAAAUCAUGCUACAGCAGGUAAUGUUUGCUUAAAAGCUGCCGUGUCUAACGCUAAGUUCUUUCAAACUCACUUUUCCCGGGUUAACAGCUCUGUUAAUAAUAAAAAUUGAGCAACUUAAACGACAGCAACGAUUCACUUGCCAACUUUAUACACUGGCUAUACUACUGCCGAAUUAGCAAUUAAGGCUGUUCGAGAUGGGUUACAUACAUAUACUAAGUUUGUUGAGCGUCCCUGGCUUUUCAGUAACUGAGUAGGUUAUAUUUACAAUACUGGGGGAAAAAAUAAGUUCGAGAAGAAAGGACAAGAUCUGAGACAAAACCAAAGGAAUGAAAGAUUAUAAACCUUAUCUGUGAACUGUACUUUGUUCUGAGAAAUAACUUAACUGAAUAACUGAUAUCAUCAUACCUUAUGAUCAGUAUUAGAUGUAAUGUAGAUUCCUUGCAUAAAAACGGAUGGUUCAAAGGGACAGAACGAAAACAAAGCUGAACAGUUCUUUGUUGUUUGGUUUAAAAAUAAGAGGAUUACUUUGCUCUAAUUUUAAUGACAGAAACCUUUCCUGCAGAGGGACGGAUUGAAAUGGUUACUUCAAGGACAGGUAUGAAAAAGGCCCGUGGAAAGGGUACUCCCUUAUAUGACCUAUACGGGGAUGCAUAUGUGCCGCUAGACAGGGUAUGGUUUUUGAACUCUCUGUCCUAAACAGGGUGUAUAAUUUCGAGCGAGUCUGUUCUAAUUGUAAACAGGGUAUUGGCUGCACAAUUGAUCUGUAUGAUUUGUUUGAUAAAAUUUGUGUGUCUUGCAAGUAUACAAAGCAAGGAACUUUAAUUUGAACUAUUGCAAUUGCCAAUAUUAAAUUGCUUUAAACAAGACGGCAUGCAUUUUGUCCUUUGUCCUAAACAGGGUAAUAAAAAUGAAGACUCUUUUUCCUCUGCACAGUGUUAGUGUUUCAAACCCUCAGCCGCUCACCCAUAUGCACAUAUUGGUCGAGUACCCGCCUCCCCCCCCCUUCACCCCUCCCCCCCCCCUUCGCCACGCGCCCCUCACCUCCCUAGGGAGAAAAGUCUGAGAAGUUACAUGAAACGAUUCGCAAAACCUUACAGGAACACCAAAUCUCUCAACUUAGAGAAACCAGAAUGCAACCCGGGCUGUAACUAACCCGGCCCUUUCCCAACCAAUCCGUGGCUUGGUUGCACUUGGUUUGAGUUUAAUUAUUUACGUACUUUUAAAUUACUGAGCUUUGCGUAAAACAGUACCGUAAACAGCUUUCAAUAAAAGAUUAGCGUGUUUCACACCGUAGAAAUUUGCCCUUUCAUCAUAAAAAGUGCGAGGCAAUGACCCAAAUGAGAUUGUUCUUCGUUGUUUAGAUUCCAUUGAACUUAAGAAGUCAUGAAAACAAUGUGGUUCUGGCAAUGAAGCUUCCAUAUAUUGAAAGCCAAGAUCUAAAUAAAAUGAAAAGCAUCGUUCAAAGAACGAACAAAAAUGUCAGUAAGGUAUGUUGAACUUUGCAUUUUUGUAUUGCUUGAUCAAUUCAACUCACAAGAAGUAGCGUUGAUUUACAUUGAAGGCCAGUUGGUCGGGGAUGCAGGGAAAAUACUGAACAAAGUUUUGUACUGGAGAACUACGGCCCAGGUCAUAUCACCGCUAGUAAUCCUUUCAUAUGCAGUGACCGUGAAACCUCGAUAUAACGAACCUCUAUUGUAACGAAACACCAGUCCUAGUUCGGUAAAACGAGCGAUUUUCUUUUGCCCAGUAAUAAUAUUGGUAAAGUAUAUGGAAAAGAACCUUAAUAUAACGAAACCUCGUUUCCGAAAGCAUUUGACCCUUCGUUUCUUCGAGUUUAACUCUAUAUCGGUCUUUUUUAUACUUUAGGAAACGUUUCACUGAAACCCACUCAAAUACCCUUUCAUGUAUUCGAUGCAACCAUAGGGUGAGCACCUCAGUUAACUUAAGAUCAGGUUUUACUUUCGUUACAAAUACUGACAGGAAAGGCGACAGAGCUGCGAGAGAACUAAUAAACCGCCACUGUAUAAACGACUUAUUGAAGGAACCAAGCAAAACUAACCACGAGAGAACGACUGGACAACUGGAGAUUUGACUAACACUAAAUGACUGUUUUUCUGAGACAAUAGGCGGAUCGAAACGCAAAAAAGGCCUACGAGUCUUCAUAGCGAAUAACUUCACAGCUUAACUGACAGACUACCAAUAACAUAGCGACUUAAUUGACCAAUCAGGUCAAUAACCAUGAGUUUAAUACCAUCAACUGGGGUGAUACAACUCACUUUGACUCUGAAGAUAACUACCGCUCAGGUUGUCGAGACGUCAGUCAAUAUCAACAACAACAGUCCUAUUCCGGACUACGUUCACCCGGACGAUCAUACUCAACCCACUUAAAUGACUCCUAGGUUCAAAACACAAAAGUGGGUCGGAUAUAUAUCAUUCAGGUUCGUUAAUCAAAAUCCCUAACAAUCUUUUGCAGUGCCUGAAACCUGAGAAAAUGUAUCCCUUCCAGGUGGGGCCUCCUUGAUAAAGGGGAAAAGGGGGAGGAUGCAUAUCACAUGUGAAUUACCUUAUUAUAGGAAAUUAACGCUCCAUGAAAUUAAGGUAUUGGAAAUUAACGCGACUUAAAUUCACGCGAAUUUAAUGCAAAACGACUUUCGAAUAAAGGAAAUUAACGCGAUUAAGACACAGUUGGUGGUAACAACUGGAACCGGAUUAUUUCAACACUGGAUGCAAAAAAAUUCAAAACUGAGCUGACAUCACUUCUGACUGCGACAACGAUGAAGAUGAACUCGAAAUAUUGUAACCCUUCGCCUUAGCUUUUGUGAAAGAUGAAAAAUAAAGGGUAAAUGGAAAGAAAGAAAGCUUGUAGUUAAUGUUUUUUAGGUGUCAAGAAUGUCUGGACAGGUUCCAAAAUUGGGGUUAAAAGACUGGAAAUUAAGAGCGCCGAAAAUUAACGCUGCACUUAAUUAACGUCGCGGAAAUUAACGCCCAACAAAAUUAACGCGACUUAAAUUAACGCGAAUUUUAACGAUUCCCGUUAAUUUCAUGGAGCGUUAAUUUCCUAUAAUAAGGUACUUCUUAUUUUGAGCCUCCACAAAACUGAUUGAAAAUCAUUUACUUUCUUAGGAAUUUUUUGCACUUGCUUACGAUUCUUCACAAGUUCUGAAGCAAGCGCUGAACAAAGAACUAUGCUCUGUUAUUAACGACACGGCCCUUACUCUAGACGAUAAGGAGACGUUAUCAACUUGUAUAAAGAAGGUAACUAUUUAACUUUUCUACGUAAUGACAUAUUAAUUUUAUCUAAACCUGCUAUAAUUGAUCCGGCCUCAGCUGCUGAGAGGUGGCUUCACCAGUUUUUUUCUUUCUUUAGAACCUAAUUGUUUUCUUUCUAUUUAUUAUAAUAAUUAAUAAUAAAGUCGCCGUCAAAUCCAGUUAGCCGUCUCACGGAGGGAUUUGAACCCGCGGCCUUGAGACUACUUAUAAGUGCAGCUCUCUGACCUCUCAUCCACUCUGCCAUCUUAAAUAAGCCAUUUGCACGACGGCGUCAUCAUACUACUACUACGACCGCAAUCCCUUUCGUUUUUCCUUUCAUAUUUAAAUUUAGUAAUCCCAGGGAUAUUUUAAUACGAAAAGUCCUAAUUUGUACAACGAAGCAAAACCAUGAAGGUUCUGGUCGUAGUAGUAAAAUAACGUAAUGUGCACAUGGCAUUUUGUUAAGGGAGGCAGCCCAUUAGUUGUCCUCACUGUAAUUUGUUUUUCAUCUUUAUGAAUAGGUGAAAUUGAAUGGCAAGACAGGGAAAGUCCAGUUUGACGAGAAUGGAAAUAGGAAAGAAAUUAAUCUGGAUAUUUUGAAUCUACAAAACAAUUCCUUUCAAAGGGUAAGUACAAGUGUUGUAUGCCUAACGUCAUUAUUCAAUGUGCAAAGUAAGAAAGAAAGCAAUUAUCAAUGAAAGUAAAAAGUUCUUUUAGUGAUAAAACUAUGUGAAAUAUUUUACGAAUAUGGGCGAGAGGGAAACUAUCUUUUCGAUGAUCCCGAAGUCAAGUUUAGGAAUACAUGGAGAUUUUAAAGGGAAAAAAAUAACUGGCUUUCUGAGGGACAAGUCUUUAAGUCAGAUUUGCAAUGUAGUCAACUAGUAGAAAUUUCUACGAGUACGAAUUGACCAAUUCGUCCCUUAUUAAUUGCUAAACCGCCCCUAAACGCUCCUGCGGAUCCAAGUCCCUUGAACCACUUGUUUAGUCAUCAGUUUUAACGGUCAUAGCAACUUUGUGAUCUCACUUGUGCAGAAAGGAAAAGAUCUUUCAAGCUCUGCCAGAGUGGGCACGAUUCAGUCAGUCACGAAUCAUGGUAAAGUUGACCCAAAAGUUCCAAUGAAAAUCUUAUGCCAUUAGCAUGGGAAGAUGCAUGCCAAUCGCCUAAGAUUUACGCUUUUUUUUUUUUUUUUUUUUUUUUGACAACAGUAAAGCUACAACUGCCUGAUUUUUUGUUUGUAGAUAGGAACGUGGAAUUCAACCAAAGGUGCAUCAAUGUUUGGAAAUAUUUUACCAAACGUGAAUCUUCCAUCCGCCGGAAAAUCUUUGGAGGGAACAAAGUUGAGAGUUGUUACUGUGGAGGUAAUGGAGACUUUAAGUUUGCACCCAGUGCAUACCGGUUACCAUAGCAAAGCUUAGCUCAAGAUGGACAUGACUCGCGUUCGUGAAAUUAAAUUAUUUUAAUCUAGUAAGAUACAAUCAAAAGAUGAACUUCCAGGUUAGUAUGAACUGUAAAAAGUGGGGGCGUUUUGGUGACUACAAUACGGUACUCUUUUUUGGGUCUAAUUUGACUCCCUUAAUCGGGGCCUUUGCAGUCCAAUUACCUAGGGCUGAUUUGGACCCAAGGGCUGAGUCCCAGGGUAGGCUGAAACUGAUUCAUUUGAUAGCGUUGUUUUGGCUUAAAUUGUGCUCAAAAAAGCUCUACAAGACGGUGAAUCAGACUUUGUCCUGCUGGGCUAAAUUGGCACUUUUACUGGUGAAAUAUGAUCGAUGUUGGCAGCACGUGCACCUUUUUUAAGCAUUUUGCUACGUAAUAGAUUAGAAUAAACAUAUCAUGACAUAUGGAGGUCUCUUGAUUGACAAAAAUUUGUUACUUUUAAACUCUAAUUCAGAGCCCACCCUACGUUGUGCAGAAACAGGAUGGUGGCAGCAUAUGGUAUGAAGGAUAUUGCAUAGACCUUUUCGAGGAAUUGGCUAAAAUUCUCAAGUUUUCAUAUGAGAUCUACCCCUCACCUGACGGGUUUUAUGGCGCUGAAACUGAAAAUGGUACAUGGGAUGGAAUGAUUGGGGAACUCAUAUCGAAGGUUUGCAAAAUCAUUUUUUUUUUUUAAUUUUGUGUCUCAUAGAUAACAGGGUUGGUAGUUGACAAAUUGCUGGAAGGUUAGAACAAGAGAGGGAGAGAGUUUCAUGCUGUUAAUUUUGUGGAAUUAUUGAUAAAUGAGAUCUUUUAUUACUUUUACUAUAAUUAUUUAACAAACAUGGUUAUCGAUAUUCAGGUCUUAUCUUUAUAACUUAUGGCUUUUAGUAUUGUAAAGGACUUGGAGAGUUAUGAUAAUGGCAACGUAAGCUUUGUAUUAUUAUUCUCAUAAUAUAAUGCGUUUGCUGCAAUUUUUUAGAUUUAUAAAACAAAACUCUAACUGGAUCAAAACGUGCGUCAUGGUAAAACUACACUAGUUUACAAACUCUGCAUGGAAAUGAUAAUGAUUGCAGAAUCAUGAGCUCGAUGAUUAACUGACAGUCACUGGUCAGGAGCUUUGUAAUCAUGAACAGUGAUAUUUUCAUAGCAUGCGGCAUCCUUUUCUUUCAGCGCGCUGAUGUCAGUGUAGCUUCUCUGACAGUAAAUUUCCAUCGAAAAAAAGUGGUGGAUUUUACUAUCCCUUACAUGUUUUACAUGAACGAAAUGUUGAUGAAGAAAACUUCCUCAAAAGAAGACAUGGACCUACUGCAGUUCAUGAGCCCAUUUCACAAUAACAUUUGGUUUUGCACUUUGGCAACGUUGGUUAUCAUUUCUGUAGCCGUGUUUGGAAUGAACUAUUACAGUCCUUAUGGGUACAAGGAUGAAAGUGGCCGUGGAACUUCAGAUGAGUUCAGAUAUUUCAAUAGUCUGUGGUUUGCCGUGGCUUGUAUGCUACAACAAGGUGGUGAUAACACCCCACGAAACUUGUCAGGUUAGUCCCAAUAGUUGUAAUAAUAAUUUUAACAAAUAAGUAACACACUCACCGCAAUCCCUUCUUUGUUUUUACCACUUUACCAUAUUUUGACAUAAUCUAAUGUUCUAUCACUGAACAGACGCACGACAACAUAGAAUCUCCUUUAAAAAUAACUGCAAGCGGAAAGGUGCACGAAAGAAGCGUUAGAGUUAGCAAUUCCAUCCUCUUCCAUAAAGCAUUUCAUUUGCGUUUUAUAACGUAGCAGUUUUAACCAGACUAAUAAUGUGCAAACGGUAGAUAAUCAUUGACCAAUCAGACCGCGCGCUUGACUUUUGUAUUGUUGUAUUAUAAUCGGUAAUGGUGUAGAUUUGUAUUUCGAUGAAUGUGUUGAAUUUUUUGUUCCGGUGGCAGCCUUAAUCUAACAAUUUUAAAAUAAUAGGAUUAAUUUUUUGCAGAAAAUUCACUUUUCAGAAAAAAAAAUCUAGCAACAUACGUAAUUGCUCUACCGGGAACUUUCCGGCCAUUACCUUUUUUAUCCAUUAUUUUACUUGUCUCUGUCUAUUUAUUUUAAUAAAGGCCGCAUUCUAGCUGGAUGUUACUGGUUUUGUAUUUUGAUCUGGGUCUCUACCUACACUGCCAAUCUCGCCGCCUUCUUAACCGUCAAAAAUGCCGAGAGUCCCAUCAACAGCCUGGAAGACCUUGCAAAGUCAAAUUAUGAACUCGGAGUUAUUCCCUCAACCACCGAAUAUGAAUACUUUAAAGAAAGUCAAGACCCAACACUACAGAAAAUAUGGCGUAGAAUGGAAGCUGGGAACAGUUUCCCAAAAAAUGGAACUGAGGGUGUUCAAUGGGUCAGAGAAAGAGAAAACUUUGUCUUCAUUACUGAUGGUCCUUUUCUCAGGCAUAUGGCCAAGCAACCCCCUUGUGAUCUUACAACAGGUAUUUUCUUCACACCUUUAGUUAACAAAUACGUCGUCAAAAGUAGUUAAAAAUCAUAUGGUUGUUAUGUUGUUGUUGAUGACAAACAGUUAAAUAAUAAUCUCACAAAGGGUCAGUGGUAUCAUCUGUGUAGCCUGUGUGACUGGCAAUGUUAAUCGCGUUUGUCUGCCUCAUUUCACAAUACUUCUGUUUUCUGGUUUGGUUUGACUCAGGCUGUAAAGCCCCGUAAAAAGGACAGGUCAAGUUGAGCGACCUUAUUUUCGUAGCGGGCUUCUCAGGCAAACACUCCUGCACCCUGGUGUUCCGCCAGUUACCCUGAGUACAUAUGUGUAGCUGGAUGAAAUAUCGAUCGUUAAUGUUAAAAUACAAGCCAUAAUCAGCGGAUGUUAAGUACAUGACGCAUGUUUUGGGAUACUCAGUGAACUGAAACUGGGCACAUACAGUUCAUGUAUAUGCACAGUAAUUAAUAACGGCCCCCAAUAUCUCGAUUCUUCAGGGUAAAUAUUAUGAUGGGUUCGAGUUCCAUACAUUGCAAGUUCGAGUUAUCGGGGAUGAAAACAAAUAAUCAGAAAUAGGCCUUUUAUACAUAAAAUAUUUUAUACAUACAAUAUAUAUUUACAUAUUUGUACGUAUUUGAUCACGAAUUUAUCAAGAUUAUUGUGCAUGUGUCUCUUUCUUGGUCUCUUUCAUUAUCCAUUAUCAUUAUCACGAUCAUUAUCAUUAUCAUUAUCAUUGUUAAAAAUAUACAAUAGAAUAAAUGACAACAACUUUAUUAUAAACAUUAUCCAAUACAGGAUUACAGUAUAGAAGCAUUGACAAAAGUUAUUACAAAUUCAUUGAUAAAAAUCUGUUAUAAAAAAUAUUAAAAGCCUUAGACUUGGUCUAAAACUGUUCUAUAAAAUGAUUGAAAAAAUAGAACGUGUCUACUUUAUCUUUCCAAUUAUACAUUUGCGAUUUCUGGCCAGCAAAAACCAGAGUUCAACUCAUGUUUGGCUUUCUAGAGCCUCUUACAUGUAACACUGCUGAUCCUAAUAAGUUAAAAGAAAUUUUUGCUCUCAGUCAGCUACUUACAAUGCUAUAUAUAGUCUAUCUACUUACUUCUCCACCAAUAGAACAAUGCUUUAUUUCCAUGUCAUUAACUGUCACAUUGAACAAGUUGAUUUGUUCCGAAUUUAUCUCGUGCGAGUUUUUUUUAGUCUUUAUGUCAUUAUCUUAUCUAAUGUAACCUUUAUGUCAUAGCUUUGGAAAAUAUAACCUUGCGCAAUCUGCAUGUAUUGGUUAAUUAUAGCUUGGCCACCCGAAAUAUCAUUGCAUUAGCACGUGGUUCAGUUUAUAGGUUAUGCAGUUUAUUUAAAAGGCAAAAAGUUUAAAAAAGAUGCUUCACGUACCCAUCACAUUAUCUAAAUCACUUCCUUGGCCAUAAUGGUGUCCGUUCAUUUCUCCCCGCGAACAGAUCUCACCCCUAGCAAUGCAUAUUGUACGUAUAUUGUACAGUACAGGGCCUAUUGGCAAGCGAGAAAAGGCUAUAAAUAUCUCUUUUUUAUUAGUUUCAGGUCUAAGUUCUCCCUACGGACUUGCAUUCGCCCUUCAACCCAAUGAUUCCCGUACCAUUAACUUUACGCUGGCAAUUCUACGUCUUCAAGAAAAUCAUUUCCUCGAGGAUCUUUAUCGCAAAUGGUGGCAAACAUCAGAUACUUGCUCACAAGAAGAAAAUGCACGUAAGAACGUUCAAAUUCUCUAUCGGACUAUUGUAUUCCAGGACAAAAAUAUAUUUUCCAUCUUUAAACAAAGCAAUAGCAUGGGAGUAUAGGCCUAAUGUUAUCAUGAAUCCAUUACCCUAAGGAUUGCACGGCAAAAUAACAAUAACACUAGUUACUGGACCGUCACAUGACAUUCUUUUUUUUUUUCAGUGAAAUCACGUUACUCGUUUAUUUUUUGGUGAAAUGAACGGGGUAGUUCUUAUGUAACUUUUUGCAAGUGCAAAUAGAUUUAAUAGAGUCGUUGAUUUCAAAGAGUAAAGUUUUUAACUUCUUGGCUUUUUCUGUUUCAUUUCAGUUUUGUCCCAGAAGCAAAUUGACGUUAAAAGUAUGCUGGGUGUGUACAUUGUUCUAAUUGUAGGGAUAGUGUUAGCAUUUAUCACGCUGAUCACCGAGAUUCAAUGGGAAAAGGGGCUGAAAGAGAAAGUUUUAAACAAAUUUCGAAGGUGA